CCAUUUCUCACUUAUUUCAUUCAAUCUCCUUUCUCUCUCUUCUUCGUCUUUCAAUGGCUGCUAUAACCUCCCACCUCGCCAUUCUAUCAAAUCAACACCCUUCCCACUUACAACUCAAGCCCACCACCGUCAGAAUGAGUAUGACUCAACAAACUCGCAACCCACGUCUCCAUUGGGCUUCUUUACAGGCCGACAUCGAGGCCCAUCUUAAAUCUUCCAUUACAAUCAAACAGCCUCUCGAGGUUUUCGAGCCCAUGCAUCACCUUGUUUUCUCUGCGCCAGAAACCACCGUGCCGGCUUUAUGCCUCGCCGCAUGCGAGCUUGUCGGCGGUCAACGCCACCAAGCCAUAUCCGCGGCUUCGGCUUUGUUACUAAUGGAGGCGGCUACUUAUACUCACGAGCAUCUUCCACUCACAGACAGGCCCAAGGCUAAGCCCGAGCCAGCUGUGAAGAAUCAUGUUUUCGGGCCUAACGUGGAGCUUCUAACUGGCGAUGGAAUGGUCCCGUUUGGAUUUGAACUGUUAGCUAGAUCCGACGGUGGAGAAAAUUCGGAACAGAUCUUGCGGGUGAUGGUUGAGAUUUCGCGGGUUGUGGGCUCAACGGGGGUCAUAGAUGCGCAGUACAGAAAAACAAUGGAUACCAGAUCGGACGGUGAGGAGGUAUGCCACGUGGAAGAAAUCAUGCGUAUGGUGGAGAAAUACGAAGGUGAGUUGCAUUCGUGUGCAGCAGUAUGUGGAGGGGUGUUGGGUGGGGGAAGCGAAGAUGAAAUUGAGAGAUUGAGAAAAAUUGGAUUCUGUUUUGGAAUGAUUCAAGGAAUGGCAAAAAGGGGAUUCAAUGAAGGUAAUGAAGUGAAUGAGGCAAGAAAUUUGGCAUUACAAGAAUUGAAGUUUUUCAAGGAUAAAGAGCUUGAUGCAAUUAAAAUUUUAUUGAAUAUUUAAAUAUCUUAAUUAUAUUGUAAUAUGCAUGUGUCAAAAAAAAAAUGCUUUGUUAAGUAAAUUAGCCAAGACAGGGAUGAAAAUAACAUUGACAAAAUGUUUCACCUA